CCACCUGUACCCCCCACCCCCCUCAUCUGUACCCCUCCUGGCUCUCAGUCGCUUCACGCAUGCGAAGUGAUUCUCCUCCUUUGGCGUAAGCAAGACGGAAGCUGACAGCCCAUAAUGGCAGAUGAUGACUUCUCCACUGCGGAUGCCGGGGCCUCGGUCACCUACCCUAUGCAGUGCUCUGCACUUAGGAAGAACGGCUUUGUCAUGCUGAAAGGGCGUCCCUGCAAGAUAGUGGAAAUGUCUACCUCCAAGACUGGCAAGCAUGGACAUGCUAAGGUGCACCUUACUGGACUCGACAUCUUUACUCAGAAGAAGUAUGAAGAUAUCUGCCCAUCUACCCAUAACAUGGAUGUUCCAAAUGUGGCAAGAAAAGAUUAUCAGAUUAUCGAUGUCUCAGAUGGUUUCCUGGCCCUGAUGGACGACAAUGGGGACACCAGAGAGGAUCUCAAAGUGCCAGAUGGUGACUUGGGCAAAGAAAUCGAGAAGAAGUUCAGUGGUGGAGAACAGUUUAUGGUGUCUGUGUUGAAAGCCGUGGAUGAAGAACAUGUCGUGGGCACCAAGAACAUGACCUCCUAAUCAGCCCAGGGCCACGUCGGAGACCUCACCCUUCGUGCUCUCCUUUAUGGUUUUGAAGCUUCACCAAAGCUACGAGCCUUCACCCCACAUCUCCAGCAGCGUCACUCGCUGUCCUGCUGUCAGCUGAAAAUCCGGAAACUGGACUUGGUCAGCUUCAACUGUACCUCAGACUCAGGCCAGAGUGGUAUUCUUCUCAGUCAAUUAAGUUCUAUCCUCCCACAGCCAUCACAGAAUCCCUUUUCAGCAUGUCCUGCACUUAUUCCAGGAAUUCUUUAUCACGGUUAUAACAUUCCUUUUAUAGGAUAGAAAUGUACUUUUUCUUUUGGGUGCACUGCUAUCGACACCACUUACUGUACUUUCAACAGAAACACCUAGCUGUCCAGUUGGAUACAGUUAAAUCCUUUUUUUUUUUUUUUAAAUAUCCCCCAAUUCAGAUUUGUUUUCUCUCUAGCAUGACGGUGCACCUCGCGCAUGUUACAGGUCUUCUUAGGACACGGCUCAGAGAAUCCAUAGUCAUUACUUUUACUAGCUAGAUUAUGCCUUUCCACCUCUGAAGAGUAUAAUACAGAAACAUCCACAUGGACACAAAUAACUUGCCUUAGCAGCUAUGUAUCUCUGUAGAAGGCUACAUUCUAUUUACUCGGCAGAUCUGCAGGCAAGUUUUCUGCUCCACAUAGCCAGGUGUCAAGGUCAGCCUUUUUCUUGCUGUCUCAGCAGCCCAAACAGGCUGGGACAGCGCUCGCCGCGCGGGGGCCAUUUUCUCUUCUGCGUCGGGGAAACUUUCUUUUCACUCAAGGCCUUUACGAGCUGAUAAAUGUAUAGAAAAGUUAUUUUAAAAAGAACCAAACACUGAUAUAACAUCUACGUUGUACACGAUAUACCUAAACUAUCUCCUAGCUUAGCUGUAGCAGAUAAACGUUCCAAACACACACACACGAGUCAUCCCAGUGAUGCAAACUUUAGAUUUAUUUGGACAAAACUGUGGUAAAGAGACGAAGAGAUUUGUAAGAUGUAGCCUAAUCUAUGGGGUAGUUCCUGGGGCAAUCAUUAGGGGUGCUGUCAGUGUGAGGAGGGAGUGGAAAGUUGGGGUGGUUGGCCUUUUUUCUUUUUUUUUUUUUUUU